UUCUGUGCUUUUGGACAGACCAGCAGCAAUGGCAACGCUCACUCUGGGCCAGAUGCUGGAUGCUGCCCUCGGGUCAUCGAGAGCUGGACACGUCGACUUCGAGCAACUGCACAACCUCCUGAAUGCGAUGCUUCUGCACCUGGGCCUACGGGAUCUGCUUGUCCUGGAGAACGGGGAACCACUGGAGGGAGCCGAGGAAAGCCCUUUCGCUUUCCUUAAGGACUUAAAGCAGAGAGUGGAAGCCAAUGAAAAAGAAAUCGCUGAGGUCCGGGCUCUUUGCCAGGAGCUCCGUGAGGAGGUCAAUGAGGUGAAGUUGGAGCAGUCCCACAUGGCAGAGGACAUGCAGUAUAUGCUACAGAAUUUUAACAUGGAAGAAUUCCAGAACAUGAUGGAUGAACUCCGUAACCAGCUGAUGGAGUCUCUCCUGAAUGCCAUAAAGAACAUGAUGGGUGGACCCGGCUCCCGAGACAAGAAGUCUGGCCACCAGCUCCUAGACUCAGACGAUGACCAAGGGCUGAUUGUCAUCGGCAAUGAAAUUACCCUCGUGGAAAGGCCCAAGACACCAAAGCAUGGGGACAGCCGGCCUGCCAGCCCCGGUGGCAAGACACAGGGCAGUGAGAAGGAAGAGAAUGCGAGCGGCGACCUGCUCUCCACUGGGGAUAAUGACAUGGGACAGAGUGACGCGGGACAGACCAGGGCACGGAGUGGCAUGGGACGGAGGGGCGUGGGAUGGGGUACGGGACAGAAGGACAUGAGGCAAAAUGAGCAAUUGGGUGACACGGGACAGAAUGACACAGAACAGAAGGACGUGGGAAGGAGCGUGCGAUGGAGCAGCAGAGGACGGAACGGCACGGGACAGGAUGACAUGGGACAGGAUGACACGGGACAGAAGCACGUGAGACGAAAUGUGCAAUGGAGCGAUGCAGGACAGGAUGACAUGGGACAGAAGGGCAUGGGGAGGAGUGUGCGAUGGAGUGACAGAGGACAGGAUGACAUGGGACAGAUGAAGGAUGAAGAGACCGAGAUAGGCAUCUCUGAGGUAGAGGCUCUUCCCCAACCCCUGGAUAGUCCCCCUGAGAUGACCACCAUGGGAGAGAUCAAGGAAGAAGAGACCAAGAUGAGCAUCUCCAAGGCUCCUCCCCACGUUCAGAGAAAGAGUCCAGAUGGCAGUUUCACCACCUCAGAAACGCAUCCAAGAGCCCCCGGCACCCACGUCCCAGUCCAGCGGGUGCAGUCAGUGCGAGGCCUCCCAGGAUCCCGGAACCUCUGGAUCCCAGCCGAGAGCGUGGCUGGGACUAGCAGGAUGCUCCUAAGGAUGCCCUCUUCCGAGUACUCACCUUGUGACCCACUUGUGAAGUUGCCUGGCCAACGCUCUGAGUUCAUCCCGUCCACGCCACCGGCGUCCCCCGGCCUCUCGAUGCGCCUGCCCCACCUCCGCAGGCAGGAGCAGAGGGAGGAGGCAGCCGAGGGCUAUUCCCGCAGAUCACCGAUGUACUCCGGGGGCAAACACACCAGCGUCAGCGCCGUGCAGCGCAUGGAGCCCCUCCUUCCAGACCCCAACAUGGUAGGGAUGGGGAAGGUGGGGACACAGGCGGGACACCGAGGCUGGGAGAGUGAUGCUGAGCGUCUGGGGGAGCAUCCGUGCCUCAGUUUCCCCAGGAGGAGCUGGGUGGGGAGGCUGGCUUGGGGAUGCUGAAUGCAGCCCAGUGUGGCAGAGCCAGGCCAUCCCCUCCUUCCCAGCCCGGCACGUACGAACUGAUGGGCAAGGAUGGAGUCGUGUACCGGGGCCGGAUUCUCCCGGAGACGGACUGAGCAACGCCAGCCUGCAGAAAUAAAGGGUGACCAACAACAGCCUGUGUCUCCCGAGCGGAGCAGCAUCCUCCCUUCGUGCACAAGGAGGGGCCGGCAGCAUCCCCUGUCCCGAAAGCAGCCCCUGUAAAGCCAGGCUCUGUGCCAGCCCCUGGUGUCGUGCAGCCCCUGGCACUCCCGAGCUCCACUUGUGCCCUGCCAGGGGACCCCCAGUAGGGGUCGGGGACAGCAGGAGGAGGAGGAGCAGCUUAUUUGCUGCUGCAGAAGGGGGCAAUGGGGACCUCAGCGGGAAGGGCGGCAGCAGAGCACAGUUUGACGCCAAAAGCAAAUCCCAGCCCAAGCUGCUGAUUCGCUUAUCCCGGGGAUGAGCACGGCCGAGCUGCCUUCCUCACCUCCGAGUGCAGAAACCCCCUCUGCCACCCCUCGUCCCUCUCGCAGCGCUGCCACUGACCAAAGGCACAAACCCCUCUGCUCCCACCUCCAACCAACGGGAGAGGGACACGUCCCCUCCUUGCCUUUGUGCCACCCCAAGGCUCGGGGCUGCUCCUGCCCUCCCCGCGGAUGGGAGGGAGCCGCAGUGUGCGCCGAGAUUCCGGGCACGGAAACCCCGACCCCGGAGCAGCACGGGGGCACCGAGGGGUGUGACAGCUGGGGACACACGGCUGCGUGCGCAGGGGGCUGGGGAUGUCCCCUCUACACACAGGCAGUGACACUUCCUGGGGGGACACAAAAGCGGUGGCACCUCUGGGGUGAGUGGGAGGGUGAAAACCCUGAGGGGAACCCCACUGGAACCUCGGGGGGACCCAGAGCUUAUGGGGGACAUCCGCUGGGGGCUGCCCUGCCCUCCUGGUGGAUGUCCCCAGACCUUCCCCCCCAGGGACAGCCUCCAUCCCUGUCAGCUCCUCUGCACUCCACGGGCACGGGGAGCUCCCCCUGGAAUGCUCUCUCUGCGGGGUUUGGUUUUCAGGAAAACCAGGUGCUCAAAACCUGCUCUGGGGGUACUGAGGUGGACGCAGCCGGCUCUGGGAUCUCCCCAGUGCCACCUCCUGCAGGAUAACUGGGAACACUGAGCAAACCCCUGGGCACCUGAGCAGAGCCAGCAAAGAACCAUCCUGCACUCCUGGCUGGGGUUGAGGGGCCUAAAAACAAACACCUUUGGGAGUAACUGCAAUUGCAGGACGUGGCCCAGCUGGGGUCACCUCUUUGGUGCUCAUCAUCCUCCUGCCCCUUCUGCUGCCCCAGGGUCCAGGUGCACCCUGUAAACACCCCCACCCCCCGAACACACCCCAGCCUGGGGUGACCUCUGGAGCAGGUAAGUAACCCCAAAUGGAUUUUUUUGCCUUUUCUCCUUGGAGUCAUCCUGGGGACCUCCCCAUCCCUGCAGGAAGCUUUGAACUGUGCUGGGAGCCUCCCUGUCAUUCCUGACAUUUCCAGAGCCGUUGUGCUCCCAUUUUUGGGGUUUUACCCCAGCUGUUUGGUGUGUGAAUGCAGUGGCCACAGGCCUGGUGAGCUCCCAUGUCCUCUGGCUGGUGACCCUUCUGCAGAGGGGGACACUCAGAGGACACCAUCUCCUCCCCAAGGGGGGCUCAUCCCUGGGUGGGUGAUAGGGCUGGGGGGCCCAGGCUGCUGGAGGGCUUUUGCAAGCUGUGAGAUGUUGUCAGGGGACAGACAGGGGUGUCAGCUGCACCCCCUGGCACACACGGGGGCACCUCGGUGUGCUGGCACAGCACCCACAUGGCCCUGGAUCUUCCCUCUGAUCCCCCCUCUUUGGGGA